AUGCGUUUGCCAGACCCAGAGAUCGAGCCGCAGGCAGAGCUCGCAGCGGAAGUGACAGAGGCGCCGACGCUUAGUGCAGAGGUGCCUAAGCCUGCGGAGCCUGCGGAGCCGUUGGCGCCUGCGGAGCCUGCGCAGCCUUCCACCGAGCCGUUGGCGGUGCCGGCGGAAGCCGAAGCCGCCGCGCCGCCGGAAGCUGAGCCAACGCUCCCGGCCGCGGCGGAAGCGCCGGCGGAGCCGAUGGCGGAAGAGCCAACGGAGGCCCUGGCGGCGCCGGAGUCGGCGCCGGCAGAAGCGCCGGCGGAGGUGCUGCAGGCCACGGAGGCUCCGGAUACCGAGGCGGUGCCUGCGGAUCCGGCAGAGCCUGAGGCGGCGCCGGCGCCCGCCGCGGUACCUCCGCCUCCUACGGCGGCCGCGGCGCCUGCGCCUUCGGCGGAAGCGCCUCCUGCGGAGCCUGAGGCACCGGCGAAGGCUCCAGAGGCGCCGAAAGCCACAGAGUCGACGACGUCCAAGGCAAAGGCGGAUGCCAAAGCAAAGGCCAAGGCUAAGAGCGCCAAGAGCAAGGCCAAGGCGAAAGCUACCGCAGCCAAGGCCUCGACUCGAGGUGGUGGUCGAGGCCGCAGCUAG